GUGACCGAGUCGAGAGGCAUCAAGGUCUACAACGUGAGCUCGGGCAAGACUCUUCCGCAAUGGCUGUCUGAGAAGAAGAAGAAAUCUCUGCGCAAAGACGAGGAGUACAAGAGCCGCAUUGAGCUGAUUCAGGACCUCGAGUUUGAUGUGGCCUCUUCGCAUCUCCGGCUGUCCAAGGAUGGCAAGUUCAUGGCAGCAACGGGAGUCUAUCCUCCCCAAGUGAAGGUCUACGAGCUAUCCGAGCUCAGCAUGAAGUUUGAGCGGCACAUGGACUGUGAAGUCGUUCAGUUCCAAAUCCUAUCCGAUGACUACUCUAAGAUGGCGUUUCUUCAGGCUGAUCGCACCAUCGAGUUCCACGCCAAGUUUGGCACCUACUACAAGACGAGGGUCCCCAAGGUAGGGCGCGACCUCUGCUAUGACCCCGUUAGCUGCGAUCUCGUCGUAGUGGGCAGCAGCCCAGACGUGUACAGGCUGAGCCUCGAGCAAGGACGCUUCCUCAAGCCCUACUCCGUCCUCUCCCCUGCCAUCAACUGUGUCGACCGCAGCGACGUGCAUGGCCUCCUGGCCUUCGGGACUGAGUCGGGAACGGUAGAAUGCUGGGACCCGCGCGCUCGGAGCAGGGUGGGAGUUUGUGAUGUGGCGGCAAAGGUGGCGGAGAGGAGAGGGUCUGUGGUACAGCGCGACGACGACGACGAUGCCAGCGUCGAAGGCGUCUCGGCCAUCAGAUUCGACGGGGACGGGCUGAGCCUGGCGGCUGGAACGAGCGGAGGAUACACAGCGCUCUUCGAUUUGCGCAGCAGCAGACCCCUGUAUGUGAAGGACCAGCAGUACGGUCAGCCUAUCGUGGACCUUCGCUUCCACCGCACAGGGGAGGGGUCGUACCUGAUGGCAGCUGACGCCAAGAUCCUCAAGGUUUGGGAGGGGGGGAAGAGAGACGGGCAGCUGUACGCGAGCAUCGAGCCUCCAGCAGACAUCAACGAGGUCUGUCUGUGCCCUGACUCAGGCCUGCUCAUGUUCGCUACCGAGCAGCCGAGGAUGCAUGUCUACUUCGUCCCUGCCCUCGGGCCGGCCCCGCAGUGGUGCUCGUUCCUCGACAGCCUGACGGAGGAGCUGGAGGAGACAAGGAGGGAGGAGGUGUUCGAGGACUAUAAGUUCGUGACGCGAGACGAGCUCCUUCAGCUCGGGCUCGGGGGGCUGGUGGGGACGAACAUGGUGAAGGCGUACAUGCACGGCUUCUUCCUCGAUGCGCAGUUGUACGCGAGGAGCAAGGCUGUGAUGAAUCCGUUCGAGUACGAGGAGUACAGGAAGAAGAAGAUCAGGGACAAGGUCGAGAACAAGAUGCAGGAGAGGAUAGCGCGCAAGGAACCGCUGCCCAAGGUGAACCGGGAGUUGGCGGAGAAGAUCAUGUCGAGCAAGGAGGAGGAAGGGAAGGACGAGGCGGCAGCGAAGAAAGUUCGGUCGACGGACAAGAAGAAGCUGGCGUCGCAGAACAAGCUGCUGGAGGACGAUAGGUUCAAGGCGCUGUUCGAGAAGCCUGAAUUCCAGAUCGACAAGGAGAGCAACGAGUACAAGCUGCUGCACCCCUCCGAAGCCGCCUUGGAGAGGAAUGCGAGGAGAGAAGAGGAGGACGGGGGGGAACACUUCGACGAGAUCGCUGGUCUUGGAAGCGAGUCAGAGUCCAGCGAUGAAGAGAGAGAGGACGUGGCAGGUGACUCGAGGACGGCGCUGACGUUUCCUUGCCCGCCCCCUCCAUACCCCUGA